CAGGGCCAGCCGGUCACAGGGCCUCUGUCUGGGGCUGCUGGCAGAGAAGCCGCUGCGCUCCCAUCACUGACUCAAACGGCAGCCCCUUGGGGGGAGACAAACCUCACCCGGACACAGUGUAGAUUCUGGGAGUCCUCUCACUGUGCCAGCAUGUCCCGGCCCAGCAGCAGAGCCAUUUACCUGCAGCGGAAGGACUACGUGCAGGCCAUCUCCUCUGAGCCCACCUGUCUGCAGCACAGGGUGGAGCACCUGAUGACAUGUAAGCUGGGGACGCAUAAAGUCCAGGACCCCAGAGAUGCCCUGAGGAAGCUGCAGGAGAUGGAUGCCCAGGGCCGGGUGUGGAGCCAAGACUUGCUCCUGCAGGUCAGAGAUGGCUGGCUCCAGCUGCUGGACAUUGAGACAAAGGAGGAGCUGGACUCUUACCGCCUGGACAGCAUCCAGGCCAUGGACACGGCGCUCAACACCUGCUCCUACAACUCCAUCCUGUCCAUCACGGUGCAGGAGUCGGGCCUGCCAGCCACCAGCACUCUGCUCUUCCAGUGCCAGGAAGUGGGGGCAGAGCAACUAAGGACCAGCCUGCAGAGGGCCCUGGAGGAGGAGCAACAACAAAGCAGACCCCCAUCUGGAGCCCAUCGCCCCAGCCAAGACAGAUGGAGGGGGCCUCCUCUGGAAAGAUCAUUCCCCAAGGAGCAGGCACCCCCACUGGAGCAGGGGUCCCCUCCAGAACAGCCCUACUGGAUGACCGCAGGGUGCAGCACGCCACCAUCCCCAAGGCCCCUGGCACGCAAUUCCAGUGUCCGAGAACCAGGCACCUUCACUCUGCCUCCUCCGCUGCGGCCUCCAUCCCCCGUGAAUCUGGAGAGGGAUGAGGAGAUACUAAACCACGUCCUUAGGGACAUCGAGCUAUUUACGGGAAAGCUGAAGGAGGCCCAGGGAAUGAACAAUCAUAAGAAGAAGAGACUGGGGAAGAAAAAGGGCAAGAAUCAGUGGGUGAUGACACAGGCCCAGUACGAGGAUUGCUUCCAGAAGAUCAAGUACAGCUUCAACCUCCUAGGGAAGCUGGCCACCUGGAUGCAGGAGGGGAACGCCCCUGAAUUCGUGCACAUCCUCUUCCAACUUCUAGACUCUAUCCUGGCCCAUUGCCCUGAGCCUGGCCUAGCAGCCCAAGUGAUCUCCCCGCUCCUCACCCCCAAAGCCAUAGACCUGCUGCAGUCCUGCCUCAGCCCGGCUGAGACUGACUUCUGGAAGAGGCUGGGUGUGGCCUGGACCACCAGCCGGGCCGACUGGACAGGCGUUGAGCCCCCGCCCUACCAACCCACAUUCUCUGAUGGUUGGCAGCUUCCAGAACCCUCCAGCCAGGCACCCUCAGGAUACCAGAACUCUACCUCCCUCCGGGGGGAAAGCCCUGAGUUAGGGAGCACCUCCCACUUCGCUCAAGAGGAGACACACCAUGACCUUCAGCCUGGGGACCCCAACCACGCGCCCUCCAGCCCCAGACCUGUCAGGCCAGCCCUGAAAAUGCAAGUCCUGUAUGAGUUUGAAGCCAGGAACCCACAGGAACUGACUGUGGCCCAGGAAGAGGUGUUGGAGGUCCUGGACCAGAGCAAGCGGUGGUGGCUGGUGAAGAAUGAGAAGGGACAGACCGGCUACAUUCCCAGCAACAUCCUAGAGCCCCUACAGUCGGGGGCCUCCAGGAGCCAGAGCCAGUCACCUUCUCGGGCUCCAAUGCUUCGACUUAGCUCAACGCCUGAGGAGGUCAGAGCCUGGCUGCAGGCUGAGAACUUCUCCACCAUAACUGUGAAGAGCCUCAGGUUCCUCACAGGAAGCCAGCUGCUUCACCUGAGACCUGGGGAGCUGCAGAUGCUGUGUCCUCAGGAGGCCCCACGGGUCCUGGCACGGUUAGACGCCGUCAGAAGGAUGCUGGGGGUGAGUCAUUAGGUCCCAACCCAGAUGCUUCUGAGACCAAGCAGGAUGGCAGAUCUGAUACUUUUGGGGACCUUGAAAAAUCCACUCUCGGGUCCCCAGUUUGCAUCGAACCCCACACCCCAGCUCACACAGCACAAGCCCAGGGGUUGAGACCAGCGGAGCCCCUCCUCCCUGCAUUGAGAGCCCUCCCCACUUAUCACCUAUUUAUUGUAUUUCUUUCCUAAGUUUGGAGCACUUGCGCUAGAUCUGGGAGGACUCCCUUCAGUCCCC